AUGAGUACUCCAAAAGCCGAGAAAGAUUUACAUUUACCUCUAUCUAGAGUAAAAACUAUUAUGAAAAGUUCACCAGAUGUGGAAGCAGUUGGCGCGGAACCUUUGUAUUUAGUUACCAAAGUUACUGAGUUAUUCGUCACUGAUUUAGCAAAAAGAGCUUUUAAAAAUAGCAAAACUAGUUUUCUAGAAUAUAAACACAUAGCAGAGGUGGUUCAGGAAGACGAUACGUUAGAUUUCCUUCGAGAAAUUAUGCCUAGAAAGAUUACUGUGAGACAAUUUAAAGCUAUAAUGGCUAAAAAAGCUGCUAAGAGUGGAGGCUCAGAUGAAUCCAGUGAAGAAUCUUCAGAAGAAGAAAGUAGUGAAGAAAGCUCCAGUAAUAAUGAACAAGACUGA